CCACAAAAAGGUACGACCACGCCUCACCACCACCACCCCCGACUCUCACUGCGUCGCCCAUGACAAACAAAAACCCAUGCAUGCGCUGUGCCCGUGAUUGCAUCUCCUCAGAAGCCGCCCAGAGAGCAGAUCGAAAGCGAGCCCUGCGUUGCCUUUGUGCCCACAUCUCUCAUUUCUUUUGCUGCAUGAUUUCAUGAUCGUGCCACCGCUCACCCAUGCUUCUGACUGGCGCAACGCACACCCCUUGAUACGAGGAGCCACGCACGUGCGCGAUUGCCCGUUUCCUUUCGCUCGAGCACAUCCAGGGUUAUCUGUCACGCGACACUGGCGCACACGACAGUGGGAUGCGGUGGGAAUAAAGACUCUCCAUUGAGCAAUCGAGCGCCUGGGAUUAUGCGACGGAACCUGCCAUUGUGUUUGCUUUUUCUUUGUCUGUUUGGCCUCUGCUGCAAGAUAAAAGGCGAUGGCUAGAGCGAUGCAUCCAAGUCAGACCUCUAACGCAUCUCUAGGUGUGACCAUCUUCGACGAGCCAGAACAUAUCCCCGAGCCCAAUAUCAAGGUCCUCGCGGAUGACCAGGAUAACGGCGUCGGUACCUCCCCCACACUCGUCGCCUCGCACAGCCCCAAACUUCACCGCGCCAGUAUUUCAGGCAAGAAGAUGACCGGGCGACCCGCCCUACCCAAUUCAAGUUCUCAUUCUUCUCAUCUCUACCCUGCUGGUGCUCCCCUCAACAGACCCAUGUCGUAUUUCAGCCUCGACGAUAACAACCCUCCUGACUCAUGGUCAGGGGGUCCAGGUACCACCACUCCAGGGACAACGGCAGAGAGUAAGACGCCUGACCUACGUACUGUCCUGGCCCAGGUGGCCGACUGGCUCCAAGAUGAGAAGGCAAAGCGACAGAAACGAAGACCCCAUCGGCACCACCGUCAUCACAGCAAGCAGCCCAAGACACCCGACGAGCAGAGCGACGAUCCCAAAACCAACGACACCGUGGUCGACACUGAACAAGAUAUGUCGCUGGAGAAGCUUGAGAGCAUCCUCCAAAAUUUCUCCUUCAACAAUACUUCGAAGCUUCUCCACAAGUCUUCGAGCUCUCUCCUAAGAAGAGGAUCCUUGGGCAAGAAAUACAAGCAGCCUCGCUCCGUUCCGGCUUCAUCAGACACGGAGUUCUUUGGUGAAGAUAUUUUAGUCCCCAAUGUCGAGGCGAAGCUGGACAACACCAAAACAAUGGCCUUCACUGGCGGUUCGGCGGAUGUGGAUACUAGCGAUAGUGCGAGGAGGCAAGACUAUGAGCAUUGGGUGACCUUCAAAAAGGACAUUGUCCGCUUGACCCAUACGCUUAAGCUCAAGGGCUGGCGCCGCAUCCCUAUUGAUCGAGCUGCCGAUAUUGAUGUUGCCCGUCUGAGCGGUGCCCUUACCAAUGCCGUCUACGUUGUCCAUCCCCCCAAAGAUAUGUCCGCAUACGAUGCCCACAAUCCUUCUGAUCCUUCUGCCCCGCCCAUCCCUGUCUCUCGACGUCGCCCUACCUCUCUUCUCCUUCGUAUCUACGGUCCACAGGUCGAACACCUGAUCGACCGAGAGGCCGAACUAGGCAUUCUUCGUCGUCUAGCUCGAAAAAAUAUUGGACCGCGCCUCUUGGGCUCCUUUGAAAACGGCCGUUUCGAAGAAUUUCUCCUCGCCAAAACCCUCACGGCGGAAGAUCUGCGUGCGCCCGAAACUUCUAAACAAAUCGCGAAACGAAUGCGUGAACUUCAUGAAGGGAUCGAUCUCCUCGAAUCUGAACUCGCUGCGGGUCCGGCGGUUUUUGUGAAUUGGGACAAAUGGGUCGACCGGUGUGAGAAAGUCAUCACUUGGCUCGACGGGCAGGUCCACCAGGCAGAGAAGGAGCUUGCAGACGGAACAACAAGGCGAAAGUCAAGAGUAAGUACGCGCUACGUCCGGCGCGGAUUGAUCUGCGGCGUCGAGUGGCCUGUCUUCCGCAAGGCAUACGACACAUACCGGCAACGGCUAAUCGAAAAAUGUGGUGGCGUCGAGGGAAUCCGCAAGUUGCUCGUUUUUGCACAUAACGACACUCAAUACGGCAACCUUAUGCGCCUCCAACCCUCUGGCACCUCACCACUCCUUCGACCGUCAAAUCAACACAAGCAACUCGUCGUCAUCGACUUCGAAUACGCAGCGCAAAAUCCGGUAGGCUUAGAGUUCGCGAACCAUUUCACCGAGUGGUGCUACAACUAUCACAAUCCCCCGGACAAGAACUUUCAGUGUGAUACGCGACGAUACCCAGAUGAGCAGGAGCAACACAGGUUCGUGAGGAGCUAUGUCAUGCAUCGUCCGCAGUUCAACCCUACGGCGAGCGCGACGCCCAAGAUGGAGGGUCGGGAGAAGACCAACAUCAGCGACUUCAUGCUUGACGCUCGUACCCCUGGAGGCGGAACCCCAAAUGCCUGGGGAGGGAAUAGCGGACUUGAGGGUGCAUCCGAAUUCGACUAUGACAAAGAGGAAGACGAAAGGGAAAAGGCCCAGGAGGCAGAAAUUGAUCGGUUGCUGCAGCAAACGAGACUGUGGCGGACUGCCAAUUCAGCGCAGUGGGUGGCGUGGGGAAUUGUGCAGGCAAAGGUGCCGGAGCUGGAUGCAAUGGAGGAAAGGGAAAAAGAAGAAAAGACAACGGAGAAGACCUUGAGUAAGCGCAUCAAGGAGCGGAGGAAGAGCGUGACAGAAAUGAUAUCUGCUGGAGAGCAGAAGGUGGUCGAAAAGAUGAAGAACUUGGUGGGCAAGGAUGGCGGUGGGAGGCAUCAUCAAGGCGAACAUGCGGAUCCGAUGUCCGAUCCCCUGACUGAAGAGGAGAAACGAAUGCAGGGAGAGAGCCACUGGGACCGACCGGAAGGCAGAGCACAAGAAGAAGCACACCACGAAGGGAACGGAGAUGUUGUCAUAAAGCCCUCGGCGGACACCACUGACCACAGUUCCACUAGUUGUAGCACCAUCGAGGAGCACGCCCAGAGGAACACCGAUCUUGAACAAUCGACCACAGUCAAUGGUGGAGGAGUGUCUUCCUGCUCACAACUUCAGACUCAACCCCGAAUUGAACCCGACCACAACGGCCAUGCAGAAACACAAGAAGACGGGUUGUCUCACCCGGACAGCCGCCCGAGCUCCCCAUCCGAGGCGGGUGAAGAGCCUGAGGACGAAUUUGACUACCUCGCCUACGCCCAGGAACGCGCCAUGUUCUUCUGGGGCGACUGCCUCCGGCUGGGCCUGGUGACGGAGGCAGAGUUGCCCGAGGAUCUUGUCCAAAGGGUUAAACUUGUGCCGUAUUGAGCUCAACUGCUGGUUGGGCCGUCCGUCCCUUUUGCUUUGCGCGUCUACGCUUACAGGAGAUUCAACUCUGCCUGUUAACCCCCCUUUUUAAUCUUGUCCAUAUCGUUUGAGUCAAGACGCGGCUGUGGGAUUGUGGGGUGGAUCGAGCACGGUGUCCGGCUUGGAAUGGAGCCAUGACAUUGAGCAGUACAUACAUUUGGGCGACAUGGAGCCAAGGCGGUCAAAGUCAAGCCACGGAAAAACGGUCGGCGCUCCGAGCUAAUGGGCUAUGUUGGGUGCGAGAUGGCCAUACGAGCUAUGAACGGGGGAUCUCUGAACGUUGGGUUUGCUCAGGCACAGCGGUGCAUGUUUCGAGGUAGUGUCAGGACGUCGAGAUGGCCAGAAAUACAGCUGCAGACUCCCAGGUGAUGAUGAUGAUGACGACGACGACGGGGUGUGUUUCAGGGAUAAUGCCAUAGAUCGAGAUACCACUUUUCAACCUUUCUUUCUGUACCUUGGAUGUUUUCUCAACGAUCAAUUCCAACAAUCAUAACAAAGCAAUAAGAAGAGAGAG